AUGAUGUCUUCAGAGAAACUGAUGGUAACCACUCCCACAAGACAUGUGGUAGCUAGAGCAGGAGGCCAGGCUGAGCUCAGCUGCCAGGUGACCCCACCACGCAGUGUGGAGUCUAUGGAGAUGCGUUGGCUAAGGCAUGGCCAUUUCCGAUCUGUUAACCUGUACAGAGGUAGCCAUGGAGCGCAUGGAGAAGCUGCACCUGAAUAUGUGAACCGCACAGAGUUUGUGAAAGAUGCCAUUGGGAAGGGCAGAGUGGUCCUCAGAAUUCAUAAUAUCAGCAUUUCUGAUGAUGGACCUUACCAAUGUUCAUUUAAUGAGUGGUUUCAUUGA